GUUCAGUAUUAAAUCUAUUUAUUGAUAUUUUUCUCUAUAAAUAACUUAAUCUCGUCUCAAAAAGUACACAGUAAAAUUUGCGAAAUUGUAAUUCAAACUUCACACUAUGAAUAGAAUAAUAUUCUUAAUUCUUUGUUGGGCUGCAUUGACCACUUCUGCCGAAAAACCCAGUUGGCUCCCCGAUAAUGAUAUAGAAUUAAUGAAAAAAUGUGGAAAUGAAACCUUGUCAGGACCUGGUUGUUUGCGUUUGAAAUUUCAUGCUUAUCACCUGUGCUGUGCUAAGGCUUUAAACAUUUACAGCGAGGACACUGGUCUAAAUGUCGAACGAUUAACUUAUAGCUUUUUUGAAUCAACAGAUUGUGGAAAACCCUUGGUACAGAAUUGUGUUGAUCAACACAAGGAAAUCAUAUCGAAAGGCGAAAUGAUUUCAGAAACGCUCAAAUGUAUAACAGAAAAGAUAACAGAAAGUGAAGUAAAUUGUUAAGGUGGAAGGAAGAAUAAGGUGUAUAACCAACGACAUUUUGAGUUUUCGCAAUAACAGUUUUUAUAGUAUUUAUAUAUUGUUCAAUUGAAAAUGCUGAGUUUCAAAUAUUUUUUACUUAAUAAAUGUUUAAAAACUAU